AUGAAGACCCGGGGACUGGUUCUCCUCGGUCUCUGUCUGACCCUCAGCACAUGCCGGGCCUCCCCCACCCAGCUGCUGGAGCCCGGGUCCCGGGGCGAGGGUCCCGGGGGCGAGGGUCCCUGGGGCGAGGGUCCCGGGGGCUGCGGCCCCUGUGAGCCGGACCUGUGCCCGGAGCCCCGGGGCUGCCGGGCCGGCCGGGUCCCGGGACCCUGCGGCUGCUGCCCGGAGUGCGGGAACCUGGAGGGACAGGACUGCGACCGGGGGAACCGGAGCGUGUUCUACGGGCUGUGCGGGACCGGACUGCGGUGUCAGGGAGGAGGAGCAGCAGGAGGAGGCGUGGGGGAGGAUGAACAGGUGUGUGUCUGUGAACAUCUGGACGUGGUGUGUGGUUCUGAUGGGAGAACAUACAUGAACAUGUGUCAGUUCAGAGAGGAGGAGUCCUCCAGACCAGGGCUCACCACCUGGGGGAGGGGCCCCUGCAAGACAGUCCCCGUCAUUAAGGUCGGUCCUCGCAGUCAGGUGGACGGGACAGGAAGUAGCCUGGUGUUCCUGUGCGAGGUGUUUGCUUUCCCGAUGGCGCUAGUGGAGUGGAGGAAGGAGGGGCGAGAUGUGGUCCUGCCCGGUGACGACCCACACGUCUCGGUCCAGUCUCGGGGCGGUCCUCUGAAAUUCGAGCUCUCCAGUUGGCUGCAGAUUGAGCGGGCGGAGCCUGGAGACUCUGGGACCUACCAUUGCAUUGCCCGUAACCACCUGGGAUCUGUCUCCGCCUCCGCUGUACUGGGAGUACUGGGAGCAGAGGAGCUGGCGUCCUAUCUGGCCAACGGCGUCUCCGAGAGGAAGCAGCUGAUGGACGCCAGCGACUACGACCAGGACUCCUACUGAUCCACAGGAGACUUCCUGUCCUGGGUCGUCCAGCACACACUGUGGCACCUCUGAAAUAGGACAGAUUCAGCUUCAGGUCACUUGAUGAUGAUUAUAAAUAUAUAUAUAUAAGUACAUAUAUAUAAUAAGUAUAUUUCCUAUUUUUUAUAAUGAUAAUGUCUGUAUCAGUUUGUCUUCUCUCUGAAUGUGACAGGGAGGAUUCUCUACUAGUCUUUGCUGUGUAGCUUAUAUUCUCAUAUUUAAUUUGAGCUGAUGUUUAUGUAUUUUCUCUGAAGGGUUUGUUAUUGUGUCUGAAGUUCAAACUGAAAAGUUCUCUGAACGACAGAGACACUUCUCUCUCUCUCUCCUCACCUCAGACCCACAUUUGUCUUUCAUUGCUCGUUUAGUGACCACCGCUUGCAUACUGGUGUUCACAAUGCAUUGUGGGAUAUGGAGUCCACUGUGUGAGGUAUGCUUACUGUCAGUAAAGGCACUGUACAAAGAUUACGUCUGAAUCUUUUCAAAGAGAUUAAAA